CAAGCACGGAUUUUUUUUCCAAAAAAUAACUAUACUUGGUAGUAUAUUUUAAAAACACAUUGCUCUAUCAUCUAUAUUCAGACUAGCACUGAGUCUGUAGCUUCUGAUACAGUGUUGAUCUUUUUGUACCUUGUUGUUUGUUGAGUAUCUUUGGCCAAGGUCGUGGUUCUGGCCUGAUGCGCAUGUGCUAAUGAGAGUUCUCCUAGUCCCUCUAUUCAAAGGCAGCAAGAGAGUUUGAGCUGGUGCAUCAGUUCAAAUUAUCACCAGUCGUGGAACAAUUUCUCUUACAUGCUUGUUUUAUGUAAAAAAAUGAUAAUCUUAUAAAAGUAAAACACUGGUAUCAGAAAGAUGUCAUAUAAAUCUGCUGUUUGAAUGGGAAAAGAUCCAAUUGGUGAAUAGGCUUGAAACUUGAGUUGAAAGAUACAGUGUAGAGGUAGAGCUAUGUACAGUAAAUUUAUUUAAAAGUUUGAAUGUUUCUUCUAUUCCUUACAGCUUUUACUUAAUAUCUACAGUGUGCCUAACUCUGUUAUAGGUGCUGAGAUACAAAACUGUAAGUCGGAAGUCCCCAGAUGUUUAGACAUUGCUCUCUUGUCUUCUGGCGUUCCUUGCCAUGGAGCAGGUGGCUGAGACCAGCCUGAUUUUUGUUCCUUUUGGGUGAACUGGCUUUUCUGCCUGCAUCUUUUUUCUUUGUCUUUUUAUUCUUUAAGAUAUUCUGCUAGGUUACCUGUAGGUAUAGGUUCCUUUCCAACAGUUUUCUCAGAAACAUAAUGAAUCCUCUCAAUUUCUAGGAAUAAAUAUUUUUAAUCUUUUUUGUUCAGCUUAGGAACAGUUUUUCAGUUGUAUGUUUGCUUAUGCUUUCAGUUCAGAAAUGCCAGUUAUUUGAAGGUUGGCUCUGUGUUCAUGUCCUGUCAAUUGAUAUGCAUUGUUUUCAUCUUAGUGCUUUUUCUUCUGUUUGGAAAUCCACUCACGUGUAUAUGCUAGAAUACUAAUUAGAUUUUUUCCAGCUUCUAUACUUCUCUUGUCUCUCAGAUAGAAUUUAAGUCUCUGCUGUUAUUACAUUUGAAUUUCCUUCCAGUGUUUUUCUUUUUAAUCUUACCUGUUGUUUUCUCCCUCAUCUCUUGCUUUUAGAGGCUGCGUUCUUCUUUUUCCUUCUUCUUCUUCAAUUGGGAAUGUAAAGUAGAUAAUUUCUGAGUUUUUCUCCUGAUUCCCAGUGUGUGCCCACUCUAGAAGCAAGCGUUUCCUCUGCAUCUUUAUGGUGGAGCUCGUCUUUCUUACCGUGCAAGAGCUUCAUCUUGGCCCCAUACUGUUACUGAACUUUUUGGUUUUCUUACCUUGACAGAAGAGGCAUUUAUAUAAGGAUGGUGUUGCUCACUCUUGCCAGAGCGAGCAGACUCCCUGCAUCCACCUCACUACGCUCAGAUGCUGGAGGACUCUUGCUGUCCAUGUUAUGUUGGAGAACAGGUUGAUAGAUGAAACCACAUUUAUAAAGGAUGGAUCUUUCUGUACUCAGGAAAGUCUUCCUUUCCUAUUGUUUAAUCUUUUGGUCCUGUGUCUAUAACAAGGGGACUAUUUUUAUGUGAUUCAAAAUAGUUCAUGGUUUUUUGAGUUUUUAGUGGGGAAGAGGUCAUGGUGAGACGGUCCUCUUCUGAGAGCUCGCCUUGUUCCCACAGCUACCCACUGGUGACUUCACAUCGCAAUAUGCAGUGCUCCACUUGGCUUCGCCUUCCGCUUCUGGCCUUGAACAUUGUAUUUUUGGGAGAGAAUUGCCUUGAAAGAGAAUUGCCAAUGGGCAUUGGAAGCCAGUAGUGGAGGGUGCACCUCAGGCACUUUAUUUCUGAAGGAAAUAUAGAAUGAGGCAGAGUGAGAUACCUUCUCACUUUUUUCCUAAUUGGACGUCCUGCUGCAGAGGUCAUAGCAAGCAAGCAUCAGCUACCAAUAAAGAUCCUCAAUUCCAGUCCAGUUAUCAUUUAGUAUGGAAGAAAAUGAGUUCUUUGGAGAAAAGACAUUCCAGCGUUAUUGUGCAGAAUUCAUUAAACAUUCACAGCAGAUAGGUGAUGGUUGGGAAUGGAGAACUUCAAAGGACUCUUCUGAUGGCUACAUGUGCAAAAUGCAUUUUCAAAUUAAAAAUGAGACUGUGGUGUCACGUGCGGGAACAUCUGCCCAUGAACAGACAUGUCUUCCCAUGGAGGAGGCUUUAGAGCUACCCUUGGAUGAUUUUGAAGUGACUGAGAGCACAGCGACCAACGAGGUGAUUAAAUAUGAGUAUCACGUCCUGUAUUCCUGCAGCUACCAAGUGCCCGUGCUUUACUUUAGGGCAAGCUUUUUAGUUUUGCAGUAUGAGAAUUACUGGAAUGGUACAGUGGCGGCUGGGAAGAGAUACCUAAAUGUGUUAAGCUCUUACUGUGUGCCUGACACAGUCCUGGGUGUGUUCACUGACGGAAGCCUGCUCAUGAGAACAGGAUUUGAAAAGGAUUAUUAUCUUCAUUUUAUAGAUGGAAGACCUUUAGCUCUGAAGGACAUAUGGGAAGGAGUCCAUGAGUGCUAUAAGACACGGCUGCUGCAGGGACCGUGGGACACUAUUUCCCAGCAGGAGCAUCCAAUACUUGGGCAGCCCUUUUUUGUACUUCAUCCCUGCAAGACGAAUGAAUUCAUGACUCCUGUGCUAAAGAAUUCUCGAAAAAUCAAUAGGAACGUCAACUACAUCACGUCAUGGCUGAGCCUUGUGGGGCCAGUUGUUGGGCUGCAUCUACCUCUGAGUUAUGCCGGAGCAGCCUCUCAGGAUGAAUGAAACGUCAAUCAACAAGACUCUUCUACUGAGCCAGAGAGCUUAGAAAUGUGGCAUGAAGAGCGCUGGAGUUUACGAGGCCGACCCUGGUUUUAACAGGACCAAUACCGUGCAAGAUCUCAGCUCUCCACGAUUUUGACAUGGGUUUUUUUCCCUUGGAAGCAAAUAUCUGCAGCAGCUGACCUACUGUGUGUUUAGAAGAAGCACCUCCAAAGGCACAAAUCACUUUAAAUAGCACAAAAUGAAUCGAAAUCAGUAAUAGAAAUACUGGCAUCAUUAGGGCACUUCCAGGUCAUUCUCUCAUGUCCCUGAGACUUGUUUUCUUCAUCUUUAAUAUGAGAAUAACAAGCUACCUUAUAGGGGUGCUGUGAGAACCAUGUGAGAUCACUAAUGCACAAGAAAAUAUUGUAAAGUGUUAUACAAAUAUUCAUUAAAUGCUCACCUUUCUUAUGUUUGACUAUUAUCCACCCAGUCUGUCAGUAAGUUUAACAGCCAGUAAGGUAUUAAGAGUAUAAUCUGGAAGAACUUUUGGUUUUAGGAUGCUUGUUUUGUUUUUCAUUUUAACUUGCUAAGGGCUGAAACUAAGAUAAACACGCAUUGGCUUUUUA